GGGGCGGGUUUUCACGAUAAUCUUUACAAAAAUGGCGACUGUUGUUGUUUUGCCGCAGGGUCAGUGAAUAAAUCCGUUUUUCAUUUCAAUCAUUUUCUGCACUCGUUUGCAGAAACAGCACUAAAAAAACGCCAAGUGUCCCAAGGGUCGACUCCGAGUGGGCUGAGAUGAAAGGUAAAGAGCGGUCGCCGAUUAAAAAACGCUCCCGGGCCUUGGACGAUAUUCGAGACAGGGGAGGAUGCCACCCGACCAGCAAGAAAAUGGGGGCUCUGUCCGUUUCCAGCGGGAGUAAUAAUGGAAAUAGUUCGACGAAGAGCGACGGCGGCUCGACGAGACGGAGCCUGCUCGGUGAGAAAAGAGACCGGGACUUCGACGGUCACAGUCGGGCUGGAAAUAACCACAGCUGUCAGUCUGCAGCCGCUAGCUCCGUGGGUAAGAACCACAACCUGAGCCUGACGCUGGAUUUAGCCGCGCCGAGGACCACUUCGCGGGGGGAGCAGCGCGUACAGCCGCCCAGCACCGAGAGUGAGUACAAAACGCUCAAAAUCAGCGACCUCGGCACCCAGCUGAGCGACGAAGACAUAGAGGACGGUCUGUUUCAUGAAUUUAAAUUUGGAGACGUGAGCGUCAAGAUAAGCCGCAGUAACGACGAGCGGAUAGCAUUCGUGAAUUUCAGGAAGCCAGAGGACGCCAGAGCGGCUAAACACGCCAGAGGCCGGCUGGUGCUGUACGACCGGCCGCUGAAGAUCGAGGCGGUGUACAUUAACCGGAGGAGAAGCCGUUCCCCCGUGGAGAGAGACUUGUACAGUGCAGCUCAGAGCCACAGACAUUUGCAGAGACCCCUGUCGCCCACUGGGCUCGGAUACAGAGACUACCGGCUGCAGCAGCUGGCCCUGGGACGGCUCCCUCCGCCCCCACCGCCCCCUUUACGAGAGCUGGAGCGGGACCGGGAGUUCGCCCUGUUUGAAGCCCGGGCUCGUCCUGCCUUCAUUGCAGAGCGAGCGGCUUUUCGUGAAGAGGAUUUUAUUUCUCCAGAAGAUGACCAAAGAGCUAAUAGGACGUUGUUUUUAGGUAACCUGGACAUAUCUGUUACUGAAGCAGACCUGAGGAGGGCUUUUGACCGGUUCGGGGUCAUAACUGAAGUGGACAUUAAGAGACCUACACGAGGACAAACCAGCACAUAUGGAUUUCUGAAAUUUGAGAACCUUGAUAUGGCUCACCGUGCUAAGCUUAGUAUGUCUGGCAAAAUAGUGGGCCGCAACCCUAUAAAGAUAGGCUAUGGAAAAGCAACACCCACCACCCGUCUGUGGGUGGGACUCGGACCCUGGGUUCCAUUAGCCGCCUUGGCAAGAGAGUUUGAUCGCUUUGCCACUAUAAGGACCAUAGACUAUAGAAAGGGGGACACUUGGGCCUACAUUCAGUAUGAAAGUUUAGACGCUGCACAAGCUGCUUGCACACACAUGAGGGGCUUCCCUGGGGGUCCAGAGAGACGCCUCAGAGUGGACUUUGCAGACACUGAACAUCUGUACCAGCAGCAGUUCCUGCAGCCUCUCCCCAUACCACCGUUUGACAUGGUGGCCGAGUCAUUUGUCCACCGUGCUACACCUGAACCUCUGAGGGUCAGGGAACGAACUCCACCCCGCCUUCACUUCAGGGAGAGAGAGCUCUUUCCUGGCACUGAGUGGCCCAACCCAGCUAUCCGUGAACGGGUACGUGCCUCACCCUUUGAGCCUCUAGAACAUUUGGAACGUGAGCGGCGGACUCGGGAGCCCUGGUCUUUGGAACGAGAGCUACAGGGCAGAGAACCUGCACGCAAGCGGCGUGUGAUGGAGGAUGGGAGGCAUAUGGACCACUCCCCUGGAAGCACUGAGAGGACAGUACGACGUAGACGUGCUUCUCCAGAUGGCAGCCCUGGAGGCAGCAGCAGAGAUGGAGGGCGCUUCAGUGACUCAGAACGCCCUUUGAGGGCCGAGAGAGCCUCCCCGGCCCGAGAGCGUCCACACCAGCCUGGAAAGAGGCGGGCUGAACGGAGACUUAAAAGCCAGAGUCUCUCUGACAAGGGGCCCUCAAGCAACACCAUUCAGCAGUUGGAGAGCGCAAGCGCAAAGCAGGCGAUGGUGGCAAGGGCCAGCCAGAGAGAACGUUCUGAGAGCAGCUCCAAGGGGGAGCCGUCAAGCCGGAUGGCACAAAACUCAGUUUUGGCUUGGCAAGGCAUGCUGCUGCUGAAGAACAGCAACUUCCCGGCCAACAUGCACCUGCUGGAGGGUGACCACAGCGUAGCCAGCGACCUGCUUGUCGACAGCACGACCGGAGGCAGAGUGAGCGAGCUAAAGAUCACGCAGCGUCUCCGUCUGGACCAGCCCAAGCUCGACGAGUGUCCCGGCGCAUCAGAGGUGCAGUCCCGGCGGCUACGCCAUCCUGAUGGCAGUCCUGGAACCACCGACGAUACAUCUUCAUCCGACCCUGCAGCAUCAACCCAGCGGCCGCUUCGUAACCUGGUGUCCUACCUCAACCAAAAACAAGCAGCUGGAGUCAUCAGCCUGCGUGGAGGGAGCAGAGAUAAAGACAACACGGGGGUUCUUCAUGCUUUCCCUCCCUGUGAUUUCCAGCAGUUCCUGGAUUCCUCUGCCAAAGCUCUGGCAAAAAGUGAGGAGGACUAUCUGGUCAUGAUUGUGGUUCGUGGAGCAUCUUAAAAAAAAAAAAAUCACAAUACACUAAGUUCAAGUGGAAUAAAAAAAAAAUCUGCGUAUGUCAGUAACUAUUGCAUGCUGUUGGUUCUGCAUCAUGGGGUACACUAGUAUGGUUCUUGGAGUGUUGUAUGUUGCCAUUAAUCCACUAAAAGGACAAACAGUGCCCUCCUGCAAACUAAAAGGGUGUGUGUUUCUGAAAUUCCUUUUCAAAGAGUGUAUGAAUUGUUCAGAGUCGCAAACCUGCAGUAAGUCAGCCAGAAUGCUGUAAAAUGGUUAAAUGUAAGCAGUAUUUGAAGAAUUUAAGUCCAGUCAGUUCAAUUCCAGUUUAAAUUCUGAACAGAUAAGACAUACAAAACAUUGUUUGCUUCAUUUAAGGUUAAAAACCUAACUGUCCAAUUCUGUUACAACAAACAAAGAACAUUGAAAUGGAAGGAGUGGACACAAUAAAACCUCCAUUAUAGUGAAAACACAAACAAGUACAGUGUUAACUAUUGAUGGAAAAGCUUAAAGUCAAAUCUGUUCUGGGCUGUUAUAUUAUUUUAUACGGUGCAGGUGGUUUUAUUGUGUCGCCUCCUUUCAAGGUAUUUACACAAAGGAACCAGAAGACUUCCUUUCUCAAAGCUUUGAAUUACAGUGCAAUAAUAUGUUGACUUUUAUCACUUUUUGAUGGAUGAAGACAACGUGAGCAUGACAGUUUUCAAUUAAGGUAUUGAAGGUGUAGUGAAUGGAGGAAAAAAAAAACUGGUAACAUUUGAAGGUCAAAACAUCGCCACAACUCUUCCAGUGAACCACACCCCGUUUCCCCAAAUGAUGUCCUGUCUCACAUAUAUUCCUAUGCUAGCAAAGUAGCAUAAAAACUCUGAUGAAUGGAGUGUGUGUCUGUGCUGAAAAAAGGGUUGUGCGAUGCGUUUUCAUUUUGAUGCAGCUCACUCUGGUCUGCCUGUGUGCAGUUCUCAAAUUUGGCAAAAUGUAAAGGUCAAAAUUUUGAAGUUCUCUUAGACGGCAGGUCAAACGUUUGAGGUUACAGGCUAUGUUGAGGUUCAUUGUUUGGAUUGAGUGUGUUUGUGUUGUGUUCCUCAGACUUUGAACACCAAAUGCAAGAUAGACAAUGUAAACUAAAUUGUCAUGUCAACUCUGUGUGGAAUGCUGAAUACUAACAGAUAUGAAACCUUCGCCAGGGAACAGCCCGUAACACCAUAGCUUUAGUAAAGCAAAUACUAACACCUUUUUUCCAUAUUUUUUUUCUUAAUAUUCUAUUUUGUGCAUCUCUACCUUAGAAAUGGUUGUGCAACGAUCAAACUACAUUAGUAACAGAUAAAAAAAGCUUAGAGGGUUUUGUGUUAUUUGACAUUCUGUUUUGAUUAUUUCCCUGAAACCAGUCGGUCACCAAGAAUAAUCAGAAUCAGUAAAAUGCUGGUACAGUGUAACAAACCUGCUGUUUGUUCACUAAGUAGGUCUGUGUAGUUUUAGAGUUUUAGAGGUACCUUAAGAGUAAAUCAUUUAAAUUUUAGAGGGCUGAAUUUGCCAGUAUUUCACUCAUGCUUGCACAUUUCCCCCUGUUUUGUUUUGUCAUGCAGUAGUAGCCCACCGUGAACUAUGAUUUGCUGAGUUUUUGGUUUAACAUGUAUUGAAAACAGUCACAUGUGGGAAAACUGUUGUACACCACGCCCACUGCAACGUUUGGACUCCUGAGGAGACGAGUGCAGAGCCGCAAACCUCUGCAGAGAAGGCGAACCUAGUGUUUGUGAGUCCUCACUGAUGAGGCAGCUUUUAAGUUGUGUAGCCCAUCCGCACCUGUGAUGACUUCUGUUUUAAAUGGAAAAUUGAGCAAUGUACACUUUGAUGUCAUGGGAAAGGAAAAUCCGUAGAGCCCGUGCGAACCUGUUCACGUACCUGCAAAGUGCGUUUGGGCACUUAAUGUGACCGAUUGUCAAUAAAUUGUUCAUUUGAAGGGAAA